GAGACACCAUUUCGAGAUUUUCGUUGUAACACGACACUUGAAUGGAUGUGGGGCAUCACGGAUACAUUUGCAAUAAUUUCUCAUGAUUCUAAAUAAUAAGAGAAUCUACUUAAUUAUUUAAUGCUAGUUAAAAGUGACAUAAGUUUUCCCAAAAAAAAUCCUCAAAUAAAAUUACAAAACUAACUGUUUGUGAAUAUAAAUAUAUUGGCUGUUUUCCAAAUUUAGAAAUGGUCGGUAAGUUUCGGCAAAUUCUAUCAUCUCCGGAACUGAUAACGCAACUGACCGGGUCAAGUUGACCACAGGGGGUUACCGAACACCAUCUGUAUCAAAUUUCAUAAGGAGUGCGCGCCACAUGUACAGUGAACAUCCGAAGAUCCAAGAUCCACUUUAGAAACGCAGUACAAUCGCUAUCCUUGUAAACAUGUUUGCCGCAGUGUUUUUCAGUCAAGAUGGAAAGUGUGAGUGUAUGAAUGUGAAAAAGAUUAAGAAAAUCUCAGGAGUUACCGGCCGCCAAACUUCCUAUUCCUUGAACGAGCACGUGUUUGUUACUUUCAAGACAAUGAUGCUUGAUGACGCGGGUCGAGAAAAGGAGAAGAAUGUUGAUUACGAUGGAGUUGUACUUUACCAAAACAAAGAGAAAGCAGCAGUGCUACGCUAUAUUGAAACACACAAUCCUCCAGAGCGUGAUGAAGAUUUAGACCAGAAAACACUAGAAGACCUUUCGAACUCAUUCAAUGACCAAUUAAAUGAUGGUAGUCAAACAGCAAAGAGAAAACCAAAAAAAUCCAGUCGAUUGCUGUCAUUUGAGGAGGAAGAGGAGGCUGUUUCUUGUCCAUCCACUCCACAUAAGAAAAAAAAAUCAAAGAAUGAUGACUUUGAAGACUCACCAGCAAAGUCAACAAGAUCAAAGAAGUCCCCCAAAAAAUCUACCAUUAAGACUGGUGCUCUAACUGCAGAAACACAAAAGCUACAAGCUGCAGCAUAUUUCAAAAAAAAGCUACAGAAAGAUGUACCAACUCUUCCUCCACAAGACCAAGACCACAUUGACAGCCGUAAUCCAUCGGUACUGCAGAGCCUAGACUUUUCAGAGGAUCUGUGCAUGGGUAAAAAUAAUCCUUUACCCAUCGCAGAUAACCAGAGAAAUGGCCUGUCACAGGACUUUUGUAUAAAAACAAUGCCAUUUAAUCUACGACCUACUAUAGAAAUACAGAGCACUAGACACCAGGAAGAACCUCAACAUCAGGAGCAACCCCGACUUCAGGAACAACCCAAAUACCAGCGACAAUCCCGACACCAGGAUCAACAAUCCCGACAACAGGAUCAACCCAGACACCAGGAUCAACAACCCAGACACCAGGAUCAACAACCCAGACAUCAGGAUCAACAACCCAGACACCAGGAUCAACAACCCGGACGUCAGGAUCAACAACCCAGACAUCAGGAUAAACAACCCAGACACCAGGAUCAACAAUCCCGACAUCAGGAUCAACAAUCCUGACAUCAGGAACAGCCUCGACAUCUGGAACAACCUCAACACCAGGAACAGCCUCGGCAUCAGGAACAAUCUCAACAUCAGGAACAUUCCCGAGUCCAGGAACAGCCUCGGCAUCAGGAACAACCAUGUUUCCAGGAACAACCUCAACACCAGGAACAACACCAAUACCAGGAACAACAACAAAUUGAGUUUUGGGACAACUAUU